GUUCCCGUUAUCCGGCCGCCCUUCUGGCACCUGACGAAGCUUUCGGAGUACCCCUCCCUCCUCCUCCUCCCUCCUACAUCACCUCCUCCUCCACCCUGCCUUCCCCCCACAGACUCCCCUCCUCUCCCCCCUCCUCCCCCUCUGUCUGCCAUGCAGCUCCACCCCGGCCCCUUCACACUACCCUGGCACUCCACCGACAACAGUGACUUACAGUGGGGUCAGCUGUCCAGACCUUACUCCUCCACGGACCGAAGCAGUUCCCUGGGCUCCAUGGAAAGCUUGGACACACCAACACCCACACCGCAGACAUACUCUGACUCCCAUAUUUCCCCCGUCGACCCCACCCUCUUCAACAACAAAAGAGACUCUGCCUACAGCUCAUUCUCCGCCAGCUCAAACACAUCUGACUACGCAACGGUGCCACUAAGGCCCGGUGAAGCCUGCUCCAUGGAUAACCUCCUGCAGGGGCUGGGGCCAUCUUGUCAAGGCUACCCUGUCGGUGAUACCUCGACCCUGGGGAGUUCAUCUAGCGAGGCCCCGGAUGACUUGCAGCUUAUUGUUCUCAAGUCCAGGUCGCUCACCAGGCCGAGAUCCAAAAACGUUGAGAUAAAAGUGAGGCCUUCCUCCUGCUGUUAUGAGGACGAGCGAAGGGGAGGAGACUUUGAGAUCAUAAGAAAUGGAGAAAAAGCAGCUGAGAGAAAGAUGAACCCUCCUCAGCCUCCGACCAGGAAGGACAGUUUUAGGGCAACUCGGAGUCGCCCGAACGCCGCCAACAAACGUUGCGUCUCUGCUCCCAUUGACAUUUCCAGCGUUCCUUUUCACCAGGAAGUAAAGUCCUCUCUGAAUGUUGAAUCAGGAAUUCAAAACGGCUUCCCUGCACCAGAGGAAUGUGGUGAGAAUUUUAAAGAGGAUACCCUGAACUCGCACUAUAUCCAAAGACAGACUGAAGACAUUAGACAUAUCCGAUGUGAUAUCAGUGCUAAUAAAGACUACAAUACAGAAACCACCUCAGAGACGUCCUCCCUAGUCCCCAUGACUUCUCUUUGUCCUUCCUCCUUACCUGCCGAAUCCUCCAUGGAUGUUCAAGAGCGAUCUCGUAUCACGCACUCAGAGAUCAAGCACUCCCCGACGGGGCUUCACCGGCACAGCGCCCCCGCUAAACUCCUCGCUACACAGCUCCAGUUAUUGGACUGUGACAGUGACGCAUCUUCAUUGAAGCCUCGCAAUCCGUCGGAUACUUCUGAUCCCUCCUUGUCCUCGUCUAGCAGCCAGUGGUCUUAUUCAUCGCUCCAGGCCACGAGGGAAGACCAAGAAACUUCCUACAACCACCCCAACGGACCGUCAAAUAAAUGGGGAGGUAGCCGUUGCUCAACCCCGGGAUCUGUGUUCUUGGAAGAUGAUGAGGAGAGGCUAAAUGGAUCCACAGUUGAGCAUCACCACCCUUGGGGCCGAUCAGCGAGUGUCCCUGGGGACCCAACUGGAUCGUCAAUCAAGGGACAGUUGAGCUCAGACCAGAUACUAGAGAGAGAUUUCCAGCCUCUUAGUGCUGCUGCUAGUAUGGAUACUUUACUGGGAGAGCAGAGAGCAGUGGAUAGAGGUAACAUUGAGGAGAGUGUAGUAGGAGAGGACAUGAAGAGGUCCCCGGCGUCUAGGAACCAUCGCAGGAACCGCCGUCGCAACGAGCGUUUUGCGACCAACCUCCGUAAUGAGAUCCAGAGGAAAAAGGCCCAGCUUCAGAAGAGCCGGGGCCCAGGAGGGUUGCUCUGUAGUGGGGAAACUGUGAAGGAGGAGGAAGGUCCAGACCUCAAUGAGGAAGGGGAUGAGCAAGACCUGCCUGUCCAGGAAAGGAUUACCAAAGUUGCAUUCGCCCGACCUGUUAGUCCCCAAAUAGAUGCCAUCACCACAGCACCGGUCGAGAAAGCAAGUGAUGUUUUGCAGACUCAGUCCACAAGCUACACUCAAGACAACAACCUAUCCAGGUCCGUACAGAUUCUGGACCCAGGAGUGCCACAUUUUGGUGUUGGCGUCCGAGUGGUGGAGGAACCGGCUCCUGCUGGUAAAGCCCGUCGCUGGCGUUGGACCCCAGAGCACAAACUCCAACCAGAACCCGAAUCAGAACGACGGUGUAGAAUCUUGGAUAAGGAUCCGUUGGGACUCACAGGAUCACGGCAUGGGGUUUGUGCCUUCUCAUCUUCAUCCUCAUCCUCAUACACUCGCUCCUCUUCUCGGAAGGACGAGUCCGAAAUCCUUCCGUUUGCCGAUAGAAUGAAGUUUUUCGAGGAGACGAGCAAGAGUAUUUCCGGGCUUAAUAUGUCGAGUCGGAGGCAGAAAAAACCCGUCCAACAAUCGGAGCACCAGGGAGGGGAGAUUGGUCAACACCCAACCCAGAGAAGAUACUCCUACCAGGGGGGACUUCUGCAGGAAAGCGACCUCCUUUCAAACUCUGUGGAGGCCAGGAGGCUUUCUAUGAGUACAAGCAGGGAGAGGCAGAAGGAGAAGGAGAGAGAACAAGCGAGGGAAAGGGAGGAGAGGGCAAGGGAACGAGAGAGGGAAGAGAGGCUGAGAGAAAGGGAGAGGGAUUUAGAAAUGGAGAGGGCAAGGCUGAGGGAGAGGGAACGAGAGGAGAGGGUGAGACAGUGGGAAAGGGAACGAGAGAGGGAACUUGAGUUGGAGAGGGAGAAGGCCAGAGAGCAGGAAUGUCUCACAAAAGAAAGAAAGGAAGAGCUGAAGAGGGAGAAGGAAAGGGAAGAUGCUCAGCUCAGCUCACAUCAGGAGUUUUAUGGCGUCAAAGACAGAAAUCAAGACUUCCAACACAUCUUCCAGCCAAAGCCUCAGACCUUCUCCCAUAGCCAAACCCAGAAUCAAGUCCCUCGAUCGGCUUUCCAUCCCAUCAACACCCCAUCCCAGCCAAUGGAGAGCCAGCAACCACUUCAGCAGGGACACACAGCGAGGAGCUACACACCCACAGAGAUGUAUCCCGCCCGGCAACAGGAAGCGGCCAAGCUGAACAGGAAGUACAGCCUGACUGAGAGGGACUACUCCAGACCUCCAGAGAUCAACAGCCAGCUCCAUCAGGGUCAGAGGAGCCACAGGCCGUCUGAUGGAGAGGAUCGUAACGGAUUCUCCUUCCCUCCUCCGUCGGUUCCUCUCUCUCUCCGAGGCCGAGCCAUGUCCGAAAACGACCUCCGCUUCGACAACAACAACCAACGUUGGUCGCCCUCCAUUUCUGUCUCCACCAGCCAGACGCUGAGCGAGGUGGAGGAGGGAGUAGGAGGAGGAGGAGGAGGAGUCAUGGGAGGAGAAACUGCUAACACUUCACGGAUGAACAGGAAGAAAACCCCGCCUCCACCGAGACCUCCACCCCCAAAAUGGGAGCAGUUUCACCGCAGACGGGCGUCUAGCCACAGCCUUUUCUCCGCCUCUCCUCAAUCCAUCGCUCCAUCUGUAGACCCCACCCACUCCUCUUCUUCAUGCAUCCCUCCACUUCCUCCUCCAACCGAUACGUCCAGACAGAGGUCCUUCAGUCUUCCUCCACAGAGACAGGAAGUGUCCGAAAACUGCCCGAGAUGCAACUGCAGCCAAACCCAGGCACUCUCAUCCAAUCAGAAUCAAGCACAAACGCAGGAGCACGCCUUCUCGCACGCUCCAUCCAAUCAGAAUCAAGCACAAAUACAAGAGCACGCCUUCUCGCACGCUCCAUCCAAUCAGAAUCGAGCACAAACACAAGAACACGCCUUCUCGCAUGCUCCAUCCAAUCAGAAUCAAGCACAAAUACAAGAGCACGCCUUCUCGCACGCUCCAUCCAAUCAGAAUCCAGCACAAACGCAGGAGCACUCAUUCUCCCACGCUCCAUCCAAUCAAAUGCCGCAUCAGGACCGGACUUUUACCGUAGCUCCGCCCAGUCCCAUGUUCUCCAGGAGGGGCUUCAGACCGGUGGCUCCUCCCCAGGCAGAGAGAGACCUGAUGGGGGUGUAUUCUCAGCAGGAGAGGGGGGAGGUUUUAUCCUCUCGACCUCCACCUCCACUUCCACCAAAAGAGAGCAGUAAGAACAGGGUAUCUGAGAUGAUCAUCAGCCCUGAGGAGGACAGAGUAACAGUGAAGCCUCUCAAAAAUCACUCUAACAUCAGACCUGGAGCAGAGUGGGAGAGAACUCCAUGUCCCAGAGUUCAUAGCGACUCAACCCUUCCACCUGUGAUGGAUAACGUCGGCGUGGUUUCCCCUCCUGAAUCCUACCUCUUCCACAGCAUCGAGCCCCAGAAGAUCUCUCUCGAACCAGGGAACGAAUCAGAAACCACCCUGAGCCCAAGUCCCGCCCACAGCCUGGACGCAGAGCUGGACAUCCCCAUGGAGACGGACAUCGACGACUUCCAGGAGGAGGACGUGCUUCUGGCCGAGGACGAGCCAAUCACCAGCGAGCUGCCGUGCUUCGCUCUGCCGGUGACGGUGCUGGAGACGGACAUCGACACGUUGGAGGAGGAGAGCGGAGGAGAGAGGCUGAGUCUGGAGGAGCUCUUCCCCCAAAACAGUGAGGGGGAGUCGGGUAGAGAGAGCUGGAGAGGAGCCUAUCAGAGCCCGGAGCACAACACCAACAGCCUGGACAGGCGCUCCGGUGCGAGCUCCAGCUGCUCGUCGUAUUACAGCACGUCGGCCGCCAAGGCCCAGCUCCUGUCUCAGAUGAAGGACUUCACAGAUACCAGAGAGCGGGACGAGGACGACGAGCUCACCUACAAGAAACAGCUGAUGGAGAGUCUGAGGAAGAAGCUGGGUGUGCUGAGGGAAGCUCAGAGAGGACUGCAGGAAGACAUCAGAGCCAACGCCCAGCUGGGGGAGGAGGUGGAGAGCAUGGUGGUGCUGGUGUGUAAACCCAACGAGGUGGAUAAGUUCCGCAUGUUCAUCGGAGACCUGGAUAAAGUGGUGAGUCUUCUGCUGUCGCUAUCCGGACGUCUGCUGAGGGUGGAGAGCACUUUGGACACUUUGGACCCCGACACGGAGCACCACGAGAGGGUCCCCCUGCUGGAGAAGAAGCGGCAGCUCCUGCGUCAGCUGUCGGAGGCUCAGGACCUGAAGGACCACGUGGACCGCAGAGAGCAGGCCGUCAGCCGGGUGCUCGCCCGCUGCCUGACCCCCGAGCAGCACCGCGACUACAGUCACUUUGUGAAGAUGAAGGCGGCGCUGCUGGUGGAGCAGAGGCAGCUGGAGGACAAGACUCGGCUCGGGGAGGAGCAGCUGCGGGGGCUGAGGGAGAGCCUGGGGCUGGGGCUGGGCAUCGGCAUGGGGAUGUCCAUGGGAUACGGACUAUACUGACAAACAAAACAACCGGUGUCUAUGUUUUAAAGGAAUAGUUUGGCAUUUUUUAGAAAUACAUCACUCUGCCAAAUGUCACCGUUGAAUGUGUUUUAUUUUACGGGGAGAUUGUGUGCAAGAAUACAUCUUAGCUGUGACUUCAUGGAGUCUUUAUGCUAAACUAAGCUAACGGCGUUCUUGCUGUAGAAUAUUUAGCAAUCCAAAAUGUCAGACUAUUCCUUUAAAGGAUUACAAGCUAAGGAGCACAGCUAAAACACACUCUGAAAGUUCUUUAUCAACAAGAUAACAGACUGGACUGGACUCUGCUUCACUUGAUGUACUGUAAUGAAACUCGUUUUAACACUACGUUGCCAAAGACAUUUCCUCUGACGCUGCUUUUUGUUCUGGUGUUUUCUUUUUUCUAUUUAAAUCUCCUGGUUCAGAGAAUUCACGGAGACUGUUGUGUGAGCUGCAGCAUUAUUAACUGCCAAUACGUACUCUGUAUUAUCUACCAUAGUAUCAUAUCACUUUGUAUUUUAGCUGUGGAGUUUGAGACUACACCGACGCGUUAUACUGUCCCGCGAUGACUGUUCAUGUACAGAAGACACUUGUGUUUAUAAUGUAAACGAUGUGUAUAUAGUGAUUUUGUUUUUUAAACGACUGGAAAUGCCUGUAAAAAUUGGUUGUAAAAGAUGAACGAGAAGACCGGGAAGAGAUUACUGUAUAUUUUGACCGGGAAGAGCUUGAUUAGCUCCAGUUGUUGUCGUUAGCUUGUUCAGAUAUUUGGUAAAGUGUAUUGCCCCUAGCUAGUCCCAGUUUACAUUGAAAUCCUACAUUAAAUAUUCACUUAAGACAGUAUUAAUAACACGUAUUCCUAUUCUUGUUGAGAGUUAGAUUAGAAGUUCAUGUCUGUGUUAGAUACAACGCUACAGCCAGCACUUGUGUUAGCUUAGUUUAGCGUAAAGACUGGAAACAGUGAGACAGGUUGCCUCGACGACAGUGUUUUAGGGCAAUUGUAGGUAGAACAAUUAUAAUUAAGAAGCAGGAGGGAUAAAGUAAAUAUACAGAGAACAAAUCAGAGCUUAUAAUUGUAAGUGUGUAUUAUUUUUAAAUUCUCAAAUCAUACAUUUGUGACUUUAAUCUCAUAGUUAAGCUGUUUCGAGAGGUCAUGCUAAGCUAAGCUAAUUCUAGUACGAUUUUAGCUUCAUGUUGAACAAAGGCAUGUUUAGUAGUGUCAAUCUUCUCAUCUAAAUCUCAGCAAGAAAGAAAAUAAGUGUUUUUUCCACAAAUGUUAAAGUAUUCUUUUGAAAAUUGAGUAAAAUGUAUAUUUUUUUGAAAAGUAAAGUGCCAAAACUCAAUCUUCCCCAUUUUUGUGAAAUGUUUGCCAAAGUCUCCAGAGCUUUCACCGGCUUCCCAAACCUCAGACAUUAAAGCUUUCACCACUGCCUGUCUGAGUAAAUCAAAUAAAUCAAAUAAAACACAAACUGUAGCUGAACAAGAGAAGGAAGGGGAGGAAAUGUGUAUAUUUGGGCUGUUGAAAGGUGGACUGAGGUUAUGUAAAAAAAAAACACGCUUAAUCAUUUCCUACUUUAACAAACAUGCAGUUUAAAUUGUAUUAAAGUUACUGUUUUACACUUGUUCUUCCACAGGUUGUUCUCACAUAUUUCCUUCUUUUUAAAUACCAAACAACCCGGAAGUGAAGAUGUCCACUCGUUCGUUCUGUACAUAUUCUGUGUUUUCUUGUACUAUAAAAGCGGUUUUCUAAGUCGACUGGAAACGUUUUUACGUGUCAAGAUUGGAAAGAAAGUGGCUUGUUGAGAGUUUAUUUCUACUGUUCAAUGUCAUUUUGAUUUAUUAAGGACCUUUUUUUUCUUCUUAAAACUGCAUUUCAAACUGCAAAAACGCUCACGUGAGAACGAGUACCAUAAAUAAUAAUAGUAUUUUAAACACGUU